AUGGUGCGCGUUGUCCUUCUACACUCUCUUCACGUUCUCGUCGAGUUCUUGUUACGAAAAUACGCUCGCGCGCGCGAUCCUCGUCGAUUCCGCGGAAACGACGAAAGGAGAAACCAGGAUCGGGACAAGAUCGCGCGCGGCACUCGCGCGGCUCGGGAUUCCUACGCUCGCGCCGGCCCCGAAGGAAGGAUCGCGCGGACUGUUGUACGUGGCGAUCCUCAUCCUUCCUCGCGGAUCCUCCCCGACGCUCCGCUUUUCGCCGUCGCCAAGCAACGGGGUAGGUUACCCGCGUUCCCGUCCCUGUGCCCGAGUACCCGAGUGCUGGCUCACGAACUACACCCCGUGCUCGUCGAUAUCUGCGAACGCCCCGACGUCGCCUGCCCACACGCUGGAGGUCUGGCGCCAUCGAUUGCUAGCCAGCCAGCCUCGCCAGCCUGUGGACCACCAGCCAAGGCCGAAGCCGAAUAUCCCGACGGCGAACGCGAUUCCCAUCGCGGUCGGGCGACGAGCACCACGAUACAAUCGAUAAUUGAUGCCGCUCUGUGUGAAUCAAUAAGCAUUCGCCGCGUUUCCGUUGUUCCGCAGCAGGUAGAUGCAACCAGCUUGCGUGCGCUCGAGGCUACCCUCACGAGGGCAGCCGUUGAAUAUUCGAGUCUCUCUAAGCCAGAUCACGCCACUCACCCGCUUCAUCCAGUUGCAACGUUCUGCUUGUUCACGCAGAACGUUAUCACGUUCAAUCUGCCCCAUCUCCGUCGGUUGAAUUUCUUCGUGCAACGUGUACGAUCGCAUAUAUUGACGGAAGUGGCCCAGGAAACCAACCUAUGGAGCUACGAAAAAAUGUUGCGUGGAACUUCGAAGCGUGAAGGAGCGUUGCUUUCCUUCGUUAGCGAGCACUUUACCUUCAGGAACUCUUUGAGAGAACUACAAUUUCCAUGCUUGCCAGAGGAGCACUCCGGUCAAUGAACAAUUACAUUUACAGACCGUUACUGUUUCAUUCUGCGAGCAUUUCGCCAAGCGGCUGUUCAACAAGAUGCUUGCGAGAUGAAAGAGACGAAUACCGGCAGCUUUUUGAAGUCGGGGUCUCAUUGUGCGGAUCUCGUCGUUGGAUAAUUAAAUUCAUCCGCCGGGCUAAUUCGCCAUGCAUGUAAGCUUUAAUUAAAAUAUACAUUUUUCAGACUGACAAUACGCUUCCUUGUGGAGCGGUAACGUCAGAGUCAUUUCCGGAGAUGUUUCGCCGAAUGGCGAAUCAUUAAUGUCGGUUAAAUGCCACGAUUAAAAGGAUAUUAAUGAGAAUCGGGAAUUACGGCCGCGUUUCAAGAGUUUUAAAGCAGAAGGAAGCGGAAAGAAGAGAAGAAGCAGAAGAAGAAGAAGAUGCGAUUGUUAUCAUGUUCUCAGCAAAAGUAUCUCGGGACAUUAACUCGAUUCCAGACUCAAUUGCGAGCCAGGAUCGCCUGGAUUCAAACUGAAUUGCGCGAGCGCGCGCAAGUACCAGCAACAAUCGUCGCACUCGUACAUUACAUGUAGCGGCGUAGGGUAAAUAUUACGGCGCGCAAUAAUUGAGUUAUCACAUUAACGGCGCGCGUGCACACACACGACGCUCAUGCAUAAAUAAAUGCAAUAAUCUGCAAAGCGGUGCUCCUCGAUCCGCUCGGCGAAUUAACGCCGCGCUUUUGUCGAACGAUAUUUUAUUUAACGUCCGGCGCGCAGACCGCGCGCAUUCACGAUUUGGUCGCGCCGCGCCGGGCCUCCUCCUUGCAUCAUUUAUGCAACGGCAUUGUUUUAACGCCGAUCCGGAUCGUUUAAAAUGAAUAGAGACAUCAGCCCGCGCAGAAAACAAAAUUAUCCCAUUGACGUAAACGCAUAAAUAAAAUAAUGAAAAUUCUCCCGGCGCUCUCUAAUAACGCUCAAAAUAACCGUCUCGCGUUAUUGUCGUAAGCGUCGCCCUGAUUAUUGUUACAAUUGUAUUUUCAUGUCCGGGGCGACGUAUGUGUGUGACAUAUGCAGCAUCGCAAACGCGAUCGUACUCACUUAAACAGUUGUCACAGAGAAUGAAAGGAAGGAAGAAAAAAAACAAGGACGCUCACUUGAGUCGACAGCUCCUCUCUUCCCGUUAUUUCUAUUCUUACGUUUUGCACGGCGUAAUUGCAGCGCGACUUACAGGACUAUCGGCACGUUCGACGCAUUCGGGAUAAAAAAAUAUCGGGAUAUCGAAUAUCGAUAAGCGCACAUCCGCCGCGGCCGAUAUAAUUCACGGCGUUAUCAGCCGCUAUUUGAUGAAUGGGCGAGCGGAAUAACACGCGCGGAAAGUGGGCUCUGUUUGCCGCGCGAAGGAACUGUCACGGCACAGCUCGGGAAUCGCGGUCAAACCGAGCGAGAGAUAGGGGUGUGAGAUAGGGGAUGAGACGCACGACACAAGUCGGGACGAUUGAAUGAAAUGAAUUUAUAAUCAACUCCAUAAGUCGUACUGUACAUCAAUUAAAUCAGCCUCGUUAAAUAUAAACCAAGUAUGCUUUAAUAAAUGGAAUGAUCGACGCGA